AUGGAUCCAAGUGGAGUAAAAGUGUUGGAAACAGCAGAAGAUAUCCAAGAAAGGCGUCAACAAGUUCUGGACCGUUACCACAGGUUCAAGGAACUGUCUUCUCUGAGGCGCCAAAAACUCGAAGAUUCCUAUCGAUUCCAGUUCUUCCAGAGGGAUGCAGAUGAACUUGAAAAAUGGAUCCAAGAGAAACUGCAGAUAGCAUCUGAUGAAAAUUACAAAGACCCUAGCAAUUUACAGGGGAAGCUGCAGAAGCACCAAGCCUUUGAAGCUGAGGUGCAGGCCAAUUCAGGGGCUAUUGUUAAACUGGAUGAGACUGGAAAUCAGAUGAUUAAUGAAGGCCAUUUUGCAUCUGAAACCAUAAGAACUCGGCUGCAGGAGCUGCACCGACUAUGGGAAUUACUGUUGGAAAAGACAAGAGAGAAGGGAGUCAAACUGUUGCAAGCACAGAAGCUGGUGCAAUACUUACGGGAAUGUGAAGAUGUCUUGGACUGGAUCAAUGACAAGGAAGCAAUAGUGACCUCAGAAGAGCUUGGGCAGGACUUGGAGCAUGUUGAGGUUUUGCAAAAGAAGUUUGAAGAGUUCCAGACAGACCUUGCAGCUCAUGAGGAAAGAGUAAAUGAAGUGAACCAAUUUGCUGGCAAACUUAUCCAGGAGCUACACCCUGAAGAGGAACUGAUAAAGUCCAAACAGGAUGAAGUCAAUGCCAGCUGGCAGCGUCUUAAGGGGCUUGCCCUUCAGAGGCAAGGAAAACUUUUUGGGGCAGCAGAAGUUCAGCGCUUUAACAGGGAUGUGGAUGAGACAAUCAGCUGGAUUAAGGAAAAAGGGCAGUUGAUGGCCUCAGAUGAUUUUGGCAGAGACUUGGCCAGUGUGCAGGCUUUACUACGUAAGCAUGAAGGCCUGGAAAGAGAUCUUGCAGCUCUGGAGGAUAAGGUUAAGGCCCUUUGUGCAGAAGCUGACCGUUUGCAGCAGUCUCACCCAAUAAAUGCCUCUCAAAUCCAAGUGAAACGGGAGGAGCUUAUUGCCAACUGGGAACAGAUCCGAACUCUGGCAGCCGAGAGACACGCUCGCCUUAACGACUCCUACAGGCUGCAGCGCUUUCUCGCAGACUUCCGAGACCUCACCAGCUGGGUGACUGAGAUGAAGGCUCUGAUAAAUGCUGAUGAACUUGCCAAUGAUGUGGCUGGAGCAGAAGCCCUUCUAGACAGACAUCAGGAGCAUAAGGGGGAAAUUGAUGCCCAUGAAGAUAGCUUCAAAUCUGCUGAUGAAUCUGGCCAGGCUUUGCUUGCUGCUGGGCACUAUGCUUCUGAUGAAGUUAAAGAAAAGCUGACCAUCCUCUCAUCUGAAAGAUCUGCCUUGCUGGAGCUGUGGGAGCUUCGCAGACAACAGUAUGAGCAGUGCAUGGACCUGCAGCUUUUCUACAGAGAUACUGAACAAGUAGACAACUGGAUGAGCAAGCAAGAAGCAUUUCUGCUGAAUGAAGACCUUGGUGACUCUCUGGAUAGUGUGGAGGCUCUUCUAAAGAAGCAUGAAGACUUUGAGAAAUCUCUAAGUGCCCAAGAGGAGAAAAUCACAGCAUUAGAUGAGUUUGCUACUAAAUUGAUUCAGAACAACCAUUAUGCCAUGGAUGAUGUUGCUACACGAAGAGAUGCUCUGCUGAGCCGCCGAAACGCCCUCCAUGAAAGAGCCAUGUACCGCCGUGCUCAGCUGGCAGAUUCUUUCCAUCUGCAGCAGUUUUUCCGAGACUCUGACGAGCUGAAGAGUUGGGUUAAUGAAAAAAUGAAGACUGCAACAGAUGAGGCAUACAAGGAUCCAUCAAACUUGCAAGGCAAAGUUCAGAAGCAUCAGGCUUUUGAAGCAGAGCUCUCUGCUAAUCAGAGUCGCAUCGAUGCCCUGGAGAAAGCUGGCCAGAAGUUGAUUGAUGUCAAUCACUAUGCAUCUGAUGAAGUGGCAGCUCGAAUGAAUGAAGUUAUCAGCUUGUGGAAAAAACUUCUGGAGGCCACUGAGCUCAAAGGUAUAAAACUGCGUGAAGCCAACCAGCAGCAGCAGUUUAAUCGCAACGUGGAAGACAUUGAGCUGUGGCUGUAUGAAGUAGAGGGACACUUGGCUUCUGAUGAUUAUGGAAAAGAUCUUACUAACGUUCAGAAUCUUCAGAAGAAACAUGCCCUGCUAGAGGCAGAUGUUGCUGCCCAUCAGGAUCGUAUAGACGGCAUCACCAUCCAGGCACGCCAGUUCCAGGAGGCUGGGCACUUUGAUGCUGACAAUAUCAAGAAGAAGCAAGAGGCUUUAGUAGCUCGUUAUGAAGCCCUGAAGGAUCCUAUGGUAGCUCGCAAGCAGAAACUGGCAGAUUCUCUUCGGCUGCAGCAGCUUUUCCGUGACAUUGAGGAUGAAGAGACCUGGAUUAGGGAAAAAGAACCUAUUGCAGCUUCAACAAACAGAGGCAAGGACUUAAUUGGUGUCCAGAAUCUGCUAAAGAAGCACCAGGCUUUGCAGGCAGAAAUUGCAGGCCAUGAGCCCCGCAUUAAAGCAGUCACACAGAAAGGAAAUGCUAUGGUGGAAGAGGGACAUUUUGCAGCUGAGGAUGUGAAAAUCAAAUUGAAUGAGCUAAACCAGAAAUGGGACUCUCUGAAAGCUAAAGCAUCUCAGCGCCGGCAGGACCUCGAGGAUUCCCUGCAAGCUCAGCAGUACUUUGCAGAUGCUAAUGAGGCAGAAUCCUGGAUGAGGGAAAAGGAGCCCAUUGUAGGCAGUACAGACUAUGGAAAAGAUGAAGACUCUGCUGAGGCUCUUCUGAAGAAACAUGAAGCUUUGAUGUCUGAUCUUUCUGCUUACGGCAGUAGCAUACAGGCAUUAAGGGAGCAGGCCCAGUCAUGCAGGCAACAAGUUGCUCCCACAGAUGAUGAAACUGGGAAAGAGCUUGUUCUGGCACUCUAUGAUUACCAAGAGAAGAGUCCCCGGGAGGUGACUAUGAAAAAGGGAGAUAUCCUCACCUUACUCAACAGCACCAACAAGGACUGGUGGAAGGUUGAAGUUAACGACCGUCAGGGCUUUGUACCAGCUGCCUAUGUGAAAAAACUAGAUCCUGCCCAGUCUGCAUCCCGUGAGAACCUCCUGGAGGAGCAGGGCAGCAUAGCACUGCGACAGGAGCAGAUUGACAACCAGUAUCACUCUCUUCUUGAGCUGGGAGAAAAGCGGAAGGGCAUGCUCGAAAAAAGCUGCAAAAAAUUUAUGCUUUUCCGUGAGGCUAAUGAGCUUCAACAGUGGAUCAAUGAGAAGGAAGCUGCACUCACAAGUGAGGAAGUGGGUGCUGAUCUGGAGCAGGUGGAGGUGCUGCAGAAGAAAUUUGAUGAUUUUCAGAAGGAUUUAAAAGCUAACGAGUCACGUCUGAAGGACAUAAACAAGGUUGCGAGUGACCUGGAGUCGGAGGGGUUGAUGGCAGAUGAAGUGCAGGCAGUCCAGCAACAGGAGGUCUAUGGUAUGAUGCCCAGGGAUGAAACUGAUUCCAAGACAGCCUCUCCUUGGAAG